AUGAAAAGAAUAAUGCGAGAAUUCUUUUGGUGGCCGGGCAUGUCCAAAGAGGUCAUUCAGUUUGUUAAAAAUUGUAAGACGUGUGCAGUACUGGCACGAAAGAACCCUCCGGUUCCACUAUCCAGCCGAGAUCUACCUGAGGGUCCGUGGGAAGUUAUCCAGAUAGAUUUCCUCUGUAUUCCUGGGUUUGGAAGUGGCGAGUUUCUGGUAAUUGUGGACACGUACUCGCGAUAUCUUGUAGUGAUCGAAAUGCAAAAUACAGACGCGGAGAGUACUAACGCCGUUUUGAACCAGGUUUUCCAACCAUGGGGUCGACCUUUGGUGCUACAGAGCGACAACGGGCCUCCAUUUCAAAGCUCAGCAUUCAUUUCGCAUUGGGAGAAUAAAGGAAUCAGAGUCCGGAAAUCCAUUCCCUUAUGUCCACAGACUAAUGGUUUGGUAGAGCGCCAGAAUCAAGGCAUCAUCAAGGCGAUGGCAGCCUCAAGAAUUGAUGGUGAAAAUUGGAAGAGUGCCCUAAAAGAUACGUUCACAAUCAUAACACCUUAG